CGCCGAACGCGUACAGUUCGCUCGCCUCGCCGUGUGCAGUUUGCAAUUCAGUCGCAGCCCGAGCCUCAAGCCGUCCGAGACCAGUUCCGAUUUUAUAGAAAAUACAAUUUUUCAUUAGAAAACAGUCAACAUGUCCGAUCCAACCAGUCCAUCGCUGAAGAAUCUUCCCAAAGUCGCCGUCGACCUCAAGAGCGAGCUCGAGGGCUUCGACCACAGCAACAUGAAGAGGGCCGAGGUCAAAGUGAAGAACGUCCUGCCCUCCGCCGAAGACCUCGCCGCAGCCAAGACUCAGCAAACGCUCAUCGCCGGUAUCGAAAAAUUCGAUACGUCGCGAUUGAAGCACACGGAGACGAACGAAAAGAACCCACUGCCCGAUAAAGAGAUUAUCGAGCAGGAGAAGGGAAAGCAGCAGCUGAUGUCCGGAAUUGAAAACUUCAACCCGUCCCAGCUGAAGCACGCGGAAACCCUCGAGAAAAAUCCUUUGCCAACCAAAGAAGCAAUAGCCGCCGAGAAGCAAGCAUGAAGCGCGUUUCCACGAGCAGUAUAACUACAGAAAAUAAAUACAGUGAUGACGAUGCGUAUUCUUUCAUAUACUUUAUUAUUAUGAUAUAAAUAUUUUAUAAUAAAUAUCGAUAUCUUAACCAGAUCGAUUGUGUCAAUUCAAGAAAAGAAUAAAAAGCAAAAAAAGAAAUUAACACCAAUUUCGUAUUAACAUAAAAAUAAUAUGAACUAUCGCUCUUUCGUACUCGCGUUUAUCGUAAUUAAUUGCUCGCUCUCUUUAACAUGAUUGUGUUAAUUAUCGACGUGUACUCGCGUCAAAUUUCCUAUAUCGUUGAAUGACAAAGUACUGUUUGAUUCGUGUACAUGCGAGGAAAAUGAGAAAGUUCCAAAGGAUAUCAAUCGAAUUAUUUAGACACAGUGCUUCUGAUUUUUCGACAGUUGCUUGGAUUGGUUUGUUGUAAUUUUCAAUCGGUUUGCGAAUGAGAGAGUAAUUAUUCAAGAUACCAUCCAAAAGAUACCAAACAAUCGAUUCUAUAAUGCUACGCAAGUAUAUAAUUAAACAUGUUCUCUGAAUUAUAUAGAAUGUAUAUUCAGAAUAUGAGCCAAAUUAAAAAAAAAAAA